CAGGCGCGAGGUAGUUGCGCGGCAGGAAGGCGCUGCCGUUCACGUGGAAGAACUUGGCGUAGUGCAGCGGCGAGGCGGCGUGGAAUUGGAACCGACAGACUGGAUGAAGCUUGCAUCACCACAGUUUGUGCAAUUACAUGUGCAUAUGCGUGCUGUGUAUUCAUACAUGUGGUGGGAGUGUCUCGGGCCAGGAUAUGUACGGCAGAGUGCUCAGCCUGCACUGAGGUGACAGAUGGACAGAUGGACAACACGACAGUUUAGUCCCUGUCCUACCCUCCACCACCACUGCGGUCUGGAAGCUCCAUCAUUCUGUGAGCACAAGUCUGAAGAUCUCAUAAGCAAGAACGGUCCCCAGAGAGGGGCUGGUGGAGUGCGACUUCCUGCCCAGGGUCCACAUGCAUCGCCUAAGGGAUUUGUCUACACUCAUCCAGAGCUGGCACAGCCAGGGCGGUCAGCUAUCUGUCCACGGACCUCUCCUCCCUGGAGCCUCAGCUUACUGCGGCCUCUUCUCCCUAGCACAUCGUGUGAGGGAAUGAAAUAGAACAGUCCUGGGGGAGACAACAGGAAGGACCGACCUGAGUUCAGAUCCAGAUGCCACAUCUGUGGGAUCCCCACCAACAUGCUUGUCUUCUCUGACCCCUGGUCUCCUCAUGUGUCAGUGCUGGUAGCCUGGACCUCAUCCUGCCCACCACUGUGGUGUCUACAGACUCAGAGCUACCGGGGAGAAGCGUGGGGCAAAUAACCCUCGCUAGAGAGCCAGAGUGAGAGUCACGGCAGGUAAUGCACAAGGUGGUGUGAGCACCCCAAGGAAAAGCCGCUGGGAACCAGGGGGCCAGGACUCGAUGCUAUGGGGCUUGCGGGACCAGAGACAGCUGCGCAGCCACGCGUGACCCUGCUGCCUACACUCAAUGGGAGUGACCCAAUAUACGAUGAUGUGGAUGGCCCCUGGCCAGAGAUCCCAGAGAGGUCGCCAUGUGUAGCUGGUAUCAUCCCUGUCAUCUAUUACAGCGUCCUGCUAAGCCUGGGACUGCCUGUCAACCUCCUGACUACAGUGGCCCUAGCCCGUCUCGCCGCCAGGACCAGGAAGCCCUCUUACCACUAUCUCCUGGCGCUCACAGCUUCGGAUAUUGUCACGCAAGUGGUCAUCGUCUUCGUGGGCUUCCUCCUGCAGGGAGCUGUGCUGGCCCGCCAGGUGCCCCAGGCUGUGGUGCGCACGGCAAACAUCCUGGAGUUUGCUGCCAAUCACGCCUCAGUCUGGAUUGCAGUCUUGCUCACGGUGGACCGUUACAAUGCGGUGUGCCGCCCCCUGCGCCAUCGGGCCACCGCGUCCCCAGGCAAGACCCACCGCGCCAUUGCCACGGUCCUUGGCGUUGCCCUGCUGACAGGCAUCCCGUUCUACUGGUGGCUGGAUGUGUGGAGGGACGCAGACCCUCCCAGCACGAUGGACGAAGUCCUCAAGUGGGCUCACUGUCUCAUUGUCUACUUCAUCCCUUGCAAUGUUUUCCUGGUCACCAAUUCAGCCAUUAUCCUCCGGCUACGGAAGAGGAGCCAGCGAGGGCUGCGGCCCUGGGUGAGCAAGAGCACGGCCAUCCUCCUGGGUGUCACCUCCCUCUUUGCUCUCCUUUGGGCACCACGCAUCUGUGUCAUGCUGUACCACCUGUAUGUGGCCCCCGUUCAUCGGGACUGGAGGGUCCACCUGGUCUUGGAUAUAGCCAACAUGGUGGCCAUGCUCAACACAGUUGUCAACUUUGGCCUCUAUUGCUUCAUCAGCAAGACUUUCAGAGCCACAGUCCGACAGGUCAUCCAUGAUGCCCACAUGUCAUGCACCGUGAAGUCACAGCCAAAGGGCACGGAGGUAGAACUUGUGUUGAAGUCUGUAGGGGCAGAGAUAUAGAGAAAGGGGACCGGGCUAGCUAUCCCAAGGGUCACAGGGCCACCUGCAAAGAGACCUUUGCAACUGUUUUGUUUUGAUUUUUUGAGAAGGGUUUCCCUGUGUAGCCCUGGCUAUCUUGAAACUCACCCUGUAGGCCAGGCUGGCCUCAAACUCAGAGAUCAUCUACCUCUGCCUCCUGAGCGCUGGGAUGAAAGAUGUGUGGGCCUACUGCCAGUGAGAGCUUUGCAACUGUACCCACCAAAACUUGACCAACUUUGCUGUCUGGGGGGAGAGAAAAAGACUCCCCUUUGAGUGACUCCAGGUAGAAAGAAGAAAAAAAAUAGCCACCCUACAGGUGAGCAUCAUCCCAAUUCCCAUUUUCUGGGGGAAGGACAGGCCUCUGCGGGCCCAUACAUCAGAACAGCUGCUGGGGUACCCCUUUGGAAGGGGCCGUCCACCUGGCACAUUCAGGGCAAAUGCUAAUGUGAGCCGAAUGGACGGAUGGAAUGAUGGAUGAAUAGACAGAUUCGUGUGAACCUGGCCUGCCUCCCGCUUCCUAAACUGGUGGCCUCUUUGGCCUCCAGUGGCAAAACUAAAGUCUGAACAGAAGGCUAUCUGUAGAGACUCAAGUCCUCUCCUGGGCUGAGGGAGCCAAUGUUUUUGGCUGAGCAAUGGAGGUGCCGAGAUAAGGAAUAGAGGUCCCCAGUGUCUUAACACAUAUUGGGUGUCCCCAGGUCUAACCCAGUCAGGGAGAAGAACCCCUAAUUUGAUUCUGAAUUCCUCCGUGCACCAGCACCACAGUGGGUCUAUGGGUCUUGCUUUACCGUCAUCAGUCUAUGGCA